UGAAAUUCUAGUUGCAAUGUUGCAAUUUCUCCUCAUAAUUUCAAGUUUUUAUUUUAACUUGAACAGCGCCGUCAUUAAUUUAGCUAAAGAUGAAGAAUUCCCCUUUGAAGUGUUAAUAGAGGAAAAUAGCCUCGAUAUUUGUGGUGGUGCCAUCAUUUCAAAAUUUACAAUUAUAACAGCAGCACAUUGUAUCGAUAUUUUACGACCGAUAAAUUUAUUGGUAACUACUGGUGUAAACAAUCAUGAAUCUUCACCAAUUGACCAUGAAAUAGAUGCUACCGUUAUACAUCCCUUCUAUGAUCGCAAUACAAGAGAUUUUGAUGUAGCUCUUAUAAAACUUCUGCAACCAAUCGAUCUGAGUGCCUCCAAUGUGAACUCUAUUGAAAUAGCAACAUCAAGUUAUCCAUUUGAUGCUGGUACAAAAGGCACUCUAGUGUAUUGGGAACUCGGUGAGGGUGCAGGGCUGUAUCAUACAGAGGUCGAGCUGUGGCCACAGGAUUUAUGUUUAAAUUUUACAACGAAAUAUAACUUUGAGAUGCCUCCAGCAAAGAAUGCACUUAUUUGUACUAGCAUACCAGAAGGUUCAUGUAUACCCGAUCAAGCUGGUUCUCUGAUUGUGAACGAAGAGUUAUGGGGUUUAGUGUCGUGGCAUUUAGACUGCGAUUCCGAAUAUAAACCAUUGGUUUUCACUAAUUUAGUGUUUGUUAAGCAUUGGAUAGACGAAAAUACUAGGCAUAAUUAA